AUGAGCCCGGGGUACGCCGAGCAGCCCAUGUCGCCCGGAUUCAGCAGCCUCCAGCAGCAGCAGCAGCAUGCGCCACGUGUGCAGGUGUCGCCGCCGCCCGAGAACAAGCUAUCGACGCCAGGGCACCGAAACACUUCGCCGCCGAGACGCUAUGACUCUCCCGUGGACGUGACCCCGCUGCCGCCGCCUUCUGCCAAUGCCUUCCGUCGCGGCCACAAGAAAACGUCUUCCUUGGUGCCCGGCAACCCAGGCGACUUUGGCUUGGACACCCCGAGAUCGGCAGGCCCCAAGACGGCAUCCUUUCCGCUCACCCCCCUUACUGGAGGCUAUGGUCCCGGCCAGGCUCGUGCGGGCGAGCAUCCGAUUCGCCAGCCACGCGGUCCUCCGUCCUUGGAUGAACUCAAAUCGAAGCCGACCGCCAAACACGAGGGUAGCAAGAAUUUUGCUACCCGGACCCGACGAUCUGCCGUGCACAACCUCGUCCGGGCUGGCUUGGAGCGGCGCAAGGGAGCUGGCAGUUCGACCGGUAGCAUGAGCCCGACUUCCGAGAUGGCCGAGGAUUUGGCAACGCCAAUCACCGACAACGAAUCAGACUCGGGGCAUAGUGGCUCGGGCAUAUUGGCCGGCGAGUUGGAGUGUGGCACCUCGCGCACGCCCGUCAGGCGUACCUGGGGCGCCAUCGGCUCCGAUCGACCUAGCUCGCGGCAAAAGGCUCGCACCGGCGUCGACAGCCUGGGCAAUGCUAGGAGCGCUUCUGCCGUUGACGACUCCUUCGCCGCCGUCUUCAAGAAUGGUGCUCUGCGAGCAUCCAAGGCACAGGGUGGCGCGGACAACCAGCGCAAGUCUUCGCGGCUUGUUCUUACAAGCGUCGAGAAGCGCAGGGCCUCCCCGUCGGCUUAA